AUGUCAGAAGCGUCUAAUAAGCAGAUGAAACUCAUCAAAAGAUUGUCUGAUGAGUUGGUGGAGUGCAUCUUGUCAUUUCUUCCAGUCCAAUCUACUUUACAACACCGUGUUUUGUCGAAGAGAUAUAGGGACACAUGGAAGCUAUCUCGCGACCUCGAUUUCAGCGGAAUAUUUUCUGUCAGACGUAGUCAAUCAGAGGCUGUACGCAUAAUCGAAGACGUUUUUAUUCAGCACCAAGGACCAGAGAUCGACCGGUUUGUUUUGUCUCUCGACCAUACCGGCGUGGAGGAUAAGAUACUUUCGUGGGUCGAUACGUGUCUUCGUAAAAACAUCAAAGAGCUUGUGUUGGAUUUCUCAAGCUCCAAGAAGGUUAUGGAGAUCCCACUCAAUUUCUCAUCCAGCGAGACACUUACUGUUUUGAAGCUGCAAUGGUGUAGAUUUGAAAUACCGAAUAAUCUUCCAAAAGGUCUAAGGCUCUUGAAGACACUUUCGCUCAUGCGGACUGAGGUAACGAAUGAAAUGAUAGAUUCAAUUUUCAACAACUGCAUCCACCUUGAGUCGCUUGAACUAGUCAAAUGCCAAAUGUCUGGGAAUGGGAUACUGACCAUAUACGCUCAUGAUCAUAAGAAGUUCAAGUCGUUGGUCGUGUCUUGUAUGCCAAAUCUUUUGAGCAUCUUUUUGGAUGCACCCACUCUUGAAUGUUACAAGUAUGAUGGAUAUGCCAAGACCAUCAACGUUUUAAAGGUUAAUGCACUUGAAGAGGCAGAAUUUCAUUAUAGUCGAAGUAAAAGAAGGCAUUCUUCUGACACGGUGGUUGAUAGUAUGCUAGCCUGUUCAGCAGUUCAUGCCCUCACAACGACAAACAUCUUGCUUGAGGCAAUCACGUAUAGAUACUUAAAAGGGAAACUGGAAAAGCCGCUUUUCAAGUUUGAGAACUUGAGAGAAUUCAAGAUUUUCUUUAAGGCUCCAACAUUUUGCACUCUCUUUGAUAUCGCUGAAUUCCUUAAAGAGUGCCCUAAACUCGAACAGUUUAUCAUUGAUAUUCAGAAUUUCACAUUUGAACCUCAAAUGUAUUUUUGGGAGAUACAUCAUAAGGCGCAGAUUCAGAAUACUUCGAAUAACAACUACCUUUUGAAGUGUCUCACGGACGUGAAGAUCAUUGGCUAUAAAGGCCACUGGCAUGAGCUUGAUAUAGUAGAGUUCUUUGUCAAGAACGCACCAUCUCUAAAGAGGUUGGAGUUACAGAUGCCUAAGAACGCGAAGAACGAUGCUCACACCCCAGAUGUUGCAAGGAUAAAGCUCAUAAAAACCAUAUUUUCAGGGGUUAAAGUUACCGAAGUUUAA